UGCCCGAGGCGCAGCGCGACUACCGGCUCCUCGCUGUUUCUGCUGCGCCACGAUGGCUGGGGCUGGCAGGCUCCAUCCCGCUGAGGGGAUAACCAGCUGCUGCUGCUGCUGCCACCCUGUUGGGAUCGGCUGGAGGCGCCUGCCGCUCCUUCUGCUCUGCCUGUUGUUGCUGCUUUGGGCGGGCGCCGCUACCCAGGGGGAGAAUCUCCACGCCUGCAAAGAGUCUGAAUACCAUUAUGAAUACACAGCAUGUAACAGCCUGGGCUCCAGAUGGAGAGUUGCUGUGCCCCACACCCCAGGACUCUGCACUGGCCUGCCAGAUCCCAUCAAAGGCACAGAAUGCUCAUUUUCUUGCAAAGCAGGUGAAUUCUUGGAUAUGAAAGAUCAGUCUUGCAAACCAUGUGCAGAGGGCAGAUAUUCUCUUGGGACUGGUGUCAGGUUCGAUGAAUGGGAUGAGUUGCCCCAUGGGUUUGCCAGCAUAGCAACCAAUUUUGAAAUUGAUUACAACCUCUUGGAGUCCUUGGGAAACUGCACCAAAUCAACAUGGAUUCCUAAGGGAGAUUAUAUUGCCUCCAACACGGAUGAGUGCAUAGCUACUCUGAUGUACGCUGUUAACCUCAAGCAAUCUGGGACCGUCUCCUUUGACUACAUCUAUCCAGAUAGCAACAUUGUCUUUGAAUUCUUUGUUCAGAAUGACCAAUGUCAACCAACUGUGGAGGAGUCUCGAUGGAUGAGAACUACAGAGAGAGGUUGGGAAAAACACAGUGUGGAGCUAAGUCGAGGCAACAAUGUCUUGUACUGGAAAACAACAGCUUUCUCUGUUUGGUCCAAAACCCCCAAGCCUGUGUUGGUGAAAAACAUUGGGAUUACAGGUGUGGCUUAUACUUCUGAAUGCUUUCCUUGUAAAGCAGGCACCUAUACUGCCAAAUCUGGUUCUUCCUUCUGUCAGCAGUGCCCAGCAAAUUCUUUUUCUUCCAAAGGAGCUACUUCCUGCCAGCAGUGUGAGCCAGGAAAUUACUCAGAACCAGGUUCUUCUUCCUGUAAGACUCGCCCAGCCUGUACAGAUAAGGAUUAUUUUUAUACCCACACUACCUGUGAUACAAAUGGGGAGACACAGCUAAUGUAUAAAUGGGCUGAGCCUAAGAUUUGCAAUGAGGACCUCCCCAAGGCAGUGAAAUUACCUCCAUCGGGUGUAAAGAUGAUGUGCCCCCCUUGUAAUCCUGGUUUUUUUAAGACAAACGCCAGCACCUGUGAGCCUUGCCCAUAUGGAAAAUACUCAAAUGGGUCUGGUUGUACCAAUUGCCCGGUUGGCACCGAGCCUGCGCUAGGCUUUGAAUACAAAUGGUGGAACACACUGCCAGCUAAUAUGGAGACUACAGUCCUCAGUGGAAUCAGUUUCGAAUAUAAGAGAAUGGCAGGGUGGGAAGUGGCAGGUGACUAUAUCUACACAGCUGCAGGAGCUUCUGACAAUGAUUUCAUGAUUUUAACAUUGGUGAUUCCUGGCUUCAGUCCACCACAAUCAGUUAUGGAAGACACUGAAAAUAAGAAGGUAGCAGAAAUCACUUUUGUCUUUGAAACCAUCUGCAGUGUGAAUUGUGAACUUUAUUUUAUGGUGGGUAUGAAUUCUAGAACCAAUUCUCCUGUGGAAACCUGGUUUGGCUCCAAGGGAAAACAAUCCUAUACGUAUGUAGUUGAGAAGAAUGCUACCACAAGUUUCACGUGGGCCUUCCAGAGAACAGCAUACAACGAAGCGGGAAGAAAAUACACAAAUGAUGUUGCCAGAUUAUACUCCAUCAAUGUGACCAAUGUCAUAGAUGGUGUAGCAUCUUAUUGCCGGCAGUGUGCUUUGGAAACCUCUGGUUCAUCCUGUACUUCCUGCCCUCAUGGACACUACAUUGACAAAACAUCUGGUGGUUGUUCUCCAUGUCCAUCAAACACUUACCUGAAAGCUCACCAACCUUACGGCAAUCAAGCUUGUAUCCCUUGUGGUCCUGGCACAAAAAAUAACAAGAUACAUUCUCUGUGUUACAAUGACUGUCACUUCUCAAUCAGCAUGAAGGAUAGGACUCUGGAGUAUGACUUCUCCAAACUGGCUUACAGCACCUCCUUUUUAGGAGAGCCAAGCUUUACUUCAAAAGGUCUGAAGUACUUUCAUCACUUCAACAUCAGUCUAUGCGGAAAUUAUGGAAAGAAGACUGCUCUCUGCAUAGAUAAUGUCACAGAUAUUCAUCUUUUGGACAAAGACACUAAGUUCUCCAAGUCAACUUUAUCCUAUGUAUGCCAGUCCGUCAUGAUUUCUUCCGAAGUGAUGGGUUACAAAACCAUGGUCUCUUCUCAGCCUGUGAGCCUGGCAGAUACCUUUGUAGGAGUAACAACAAAAUCUACUCUGGACAACAUAACUUCUCAUGCUGAUUAUUUCUCUGCUGAAAAUGGGGACUUACCUGAUGUCAUAUUCUUUUAUAGAUCCAACGAUGUGACCCAGACAUGCCGUGAUGGAAGAGUAACUACCAUUAGGCUGAGAUGUGACCCCCUAAAAUUUCAGUCUGGAACUCUCUCUUUACCAAGCAAGUGUUCUGAUGGAACCUGUGAUGGAUGCACUUUCCAUUUCCUGUGGGAGUCAGUUGAAGCCUGUCCUCUCUGUUCUGCAGAAGAUUACCAUGCCAUCAUCAGUGCCUGCGUUGGAGGGAUACAGCGAACCACCUAUGUAUGGCGGAAGCCAAAGCUAUGCGCUGGAGGUGUCCUGCUUCCAGAAGAAAAAGUCAGCAUCUGCAAGUCCAUGGACUUCUGGCUUAAGGUGGGCAUCUCAGCUGGGACCUGUGCUGCUGUCCUAUUGACCGUCAUGACUUGCUACUUCUGGAAGAAAAAUCAAAAGUUAGAGUAUAAAUACUCUAAGCUGGUUAUGAAUGCUAGUGCCAAGGACAGUGAACUGCCUGCAGCUGACAGUUGUGCCAUCAUGGAGGGGGAAGACGUGGAGGACGACCUGUUAUUCACAAGCAAGAAUUCUUUCUUUGGGAAAAUAAAGGCCUUCACUUCUAAAAGAACAUCUGAUGGUUUUGAUUCUGUGCCCUUGAAGACCUCUUCUGGCACCACCGACAUGGAUCUUUAGAAGUGGUUUGCCUCUCUCAUACCUUUCGUGGAGGAUGCUUUGGGAGUUCUCCUUGAUUAAUACUGGCACUUUGAUGAACUUGCCAUGUGGCCUUAUUGGAAUAUCUUUUAACUUCAGCUUCUUACUGUACCUUUUUAAGUCAAACAUUUUAACAUUUCUCCAAAAACAAACUGUGCCAAAUAUAAUUGUACUUUUAAAAUUAUGUGUAGAUGUAUAUUUGUAUGUUUAUUUGCAUACAUUGUGCCCUCUUUUGUGAUAAAGAAAAAAACCCCACAAAAAGUUGUUUUCCACAGUAAAGCUAGUGACAUUAUACACAUUUUCCAUGAAGAGCUAAUACACUGUAAAAUUGAUUUAGUCAUGUCACUCUAAGACAAACUGCUUAGUGUCUUAGGUCUUAGUGUUAAGAAUAAUGUGUAGAAUUGUACUUUAAAACUUUCCAUCUGCUUUUUGUAGCUUGCUACAAACAAUCCCUCCUAAGGAAGCUAGUAUAACAACAGUUACAUCAAACAAUUUGCUUCUCUAAAGAUUUUACUGUACUGUUAAGGACUCGUCAACAAAGCAGGCCUAUCUUUCCCUGUCUGGAUACCUGGCUAUUCUGCAGUUCUCUCUAUUUUCAGUUCUUUUAUUUUAAAACAAGGAAAAAAAUACCUGCAUUAACUUUUUCCAAGACUUGAAAACGCUGUUAUUUGCUUUGCUAAUGACCUUUCAGGAAAAUGCAUUGUGGUCAAGGACUUGUGCUGCUGGUGCACCUAACAUGACAGUAGCAUAUGUGAAGCUCCAUGGCCUAAAAGGUUUUCUGCCACAUCAAGCAACUAAAUCAGAUUAGGAUUCCAGAUUGCAUUUCUAAACUCUGGGAGUUGUAAAUAUUAUCAUUGACUGCAAUGAUAAAGAUAAACCUCUAGCAUAGCAAAUCAAAAUCAGGGUAUUAUAUAUUUGAAAAGUUCUGCAUCACAUCCAAGGUUAUUUUAAUAGCUUUUAGAAACAUGUUUCCAACUCUGAAUUCAGAUGCCCAUUUUAAACCCAUUCUCACUGUUUGUAGGGAACUAUUGAGUCUGUUUAAUAUUUCAGGCAAUUUUCCUGCCCUGAUUCCACCCAGAAAAGCUCAUCCUAUAGGACAAGUUCCUGCCACAUAAGACUCUCUUGAUUUUCUUGCUGUUUUCAGUGCCUUUUAAAUUUUAAAGAGCUUCUCCAAUCUGGCACGCUUCGAAGAUAUUGGCUGACUGGGGAUAAUGGGGUUGUAGUUUGACAUAGCUGGAAGUCAUCGGAUCAUAGAAGCUGCCUUAAACUAAGUACUGUAUGAAUUAUUUUGAAUGAAUACUUAAGGACCACAAAGGGCAAUGUAGGAGACCUGAAAACAAGGCUGCCUGAUAUGAGUUUCAGUGUUUGUUAAAUGACUCAUGAGUGUUAACACAGUGAAAAUGAUCCAAAAUAACAUGAAUAUUUUGAGUUCAGAAGUUCUGCUGAGAUUUUAUCUUGAUAUUAUUCUCUUUCAGAAUUUUUCAGAGCAACUAGCUAGAGAUUAUGUCCUCCAUUACACUUGGAAAGGACUAACAAUUUGGGCUUUGGGAU